UUCUACUGAUCAGUUCCGUUUUUGAUGAGGACAACAGCUUGCCUAGUAUGUCCUUUAUUCAUUUAUUUAGAUAUUGGUUGUUCUACAAGCAACAUUUUACUCUAGACAUACCUCGCUUAGGUAAUUUCACUUCUAAACUAGAUCUAAGGGCUAGAUCUAAGAGCUUUUCAUGCAGUAUUAAGACAGCUGUAGAAUGCAUGGCAAGGAGUUGUAUGAUACCCUAGAGUGGUACUGAUCCAACUGCAGAAGCCUUACACCCACAGAAGACACCUAGGAAAUUCAAUCAACCGUAAAUGUCACCAACAGUCAUUCACACUCUGAUCCAAUCUGAAAGAUUAGAGUUUUACAAGGGUCCCUUUCCAGGUGUGUCACAGUUCUGUUCUCCUGGUGGGUGCAGUAUUUGUCUUGGUUCUCCAUUUGUUCUUGUUGGCAUGGCUGCCCUGGGGAGUGUAGCUGUGGUCACUUCUUACAGUACCAUUGGAUGUCUAGGGCAGGCUGGCAACAGGCUGAACAGCAUAGGCAAGUUCCCAAGUCAACCCUUGACCCUACUCCUCCUUGACCCUACUCCUCCUUGACCCUACUCCUCCUCUUUCCAACCUCAUCCCUCCAUCCUAUCCCACCCUCACCCCAUCCCCCGCUCCCUCUCCUCCAUCAUGUCGGGCGGAGCCCUGGGCCGUCUCAGCACCCUGAGCCUGAGUGUGAAGCAGCUCAGCCGGCUUCUCCUCCUCCCCUCCCUGCCCACCUCCCUGCCCUCGCCCAGCCCCACCGUCCCGGUCUCCCACGUCCCUGCGCUGUUCCGUGAGCCCUACAUCCUCUCUGGGUAUCGCCCGGUGGGCCAGGACUGGCGCUGCUACCUCCUCAGCGUCUUCCAGAGGCACAACGAGACCCUGAACAUCUGGACCCACCUGCUGGCGGGCCCCCUGGUGCUACUGCGCGUCUGGGCCUACGUCGGGGUGCAUGGGCUACCCCUGGACGCGGCCUCCCUGCCGCUCUGCCUCUACGUGCUGUCGGCCCUCACCUACCUGGGCUGCAGUGUGACCGCCCACCUCCUGCAGUCCCACUCCGAGCUGGCCCACUACUCCCUGUUCUUCCUGGACUACGUGGGCGUGGCGGUGUACCAGUACGGCUGCGCCCUGGCCCACUACUUCUACUGCUCGGAGCCGGCGUGGCGGGAGAGCGCCGUAGGUGUUUGGUUCCUGCCCGGUGCCGCCCUGCUUGCUUGGCUGUCCUGUGCCAGCUGCUGCUUUGCCAAGUAUCGUUACCGACGGCCGUACCCACUCCAGAGGAAGAUCUGCCAGCUGAUACCCACCAGCAUGGCCUACUUCCUGGACAUAAGCCCCGUGGCCCAUCGCCUAGCGACGGUAUCCUGGGGACAGGACCCCGCCCUGCCCCUCCACGCCCUGCAGAUGGCCUUCUUCCUGCUGGCCUCGCUGUUCUUCUCCUGCCCUGUUCCCGAGAGGUUCUUCCCGGGUCGUUGUGACAUCAUGGGCCAGGGACACCAGGUCUUCCAUCUCUUCCUGUCGCUGUGCACCCUGAGUCAGCUCGAGGCCCUGUUCCUGGACUACGGCAGGCAGAGGGAUACGCUACUGGAGGUGUCCGGGGAGAGGGAGCUGUGGUCCGCCGGCGUGUCCUUCCUCGGCCUGGCACUAAUCAGCGCCCUGACCGCGGUCGUCAUGAGGUGGCACGUACGGAGACGACUGGAGAAAAGUGAAAAGGUUCAACAGUGAGGAGAGGAGAGGAGUGGCAGAAGGAGGGAGAUAUGACACAUAUUCAUCUUUGUUCUGAAUGUAAGGAUGACCAUGUGCUCUGACUGUAGCGGUUAUGUAUUCAAACUAAAGAACAAAUUUGUCUUCUUCUGAUGAAGAUGCAUUGCCUUAAAGAUCAUUAGAUUUCUUUACAAUUGGACAGUUGGUUUUUUCUUACAUUUUCUCUGGACAAAGUGUAAGUUAUUCUUCAUUAUCCUCUUCAUUGAACUAAUUGGAAUUAUUUUGUGCUGGUUCUAGACCAGUCUGGGCUCAACCCACAACCCGAACCCAACACGUUAUGUCUUAUGUUGUUAUGUCCAGGACCAGAGGGUUUUUAUGACAGGGUUUCCACUGACAUUUACAUUUGAGUCAUUUAGCUGACACCAUUAUCCAGAGCGACGUACAGUAGUGAGUGCAUAGAUUUCCAACCUGGUCCGCCGUGGGAAUCAAACCCACAACCGCUGGUGUUGCAAGUGUCAUGCUCAACCAAUUGAUGGGCGACGGGAUGACAUAUGACCCUGUUGUGGAUGACAUAUGAGGUUUCCAGGACUCAAAAGUAGCUAUGGGGUGACACAGUGGUUAAAUACAAAUGUGGAGUGAAGAAGACUGAGUGGUGAUUAAGAAGUGGAAACAGGUGCCAAAAUGGGUGUGGCCUGAAUCAAUUAGACAGGUGUUGGCCAGCCUUCAGAACAGGAUAUGAAAGGAGGAAUGAUGACAAUUGUUCUGCGUAAAUAUAAGUGGGUAAUAAAGUAUUUAAUGUAAAAUUUGCACAACUGGCUAAUGAGAUUAUUUUUUCAAACAUCAUAAAAUGAGAAUUCAAAACAAUGAUCUGGGACCAGGCUUGAGAUUCAUCUUAUUUAUGGUUAACCCUUGAGGUAGCCUGGAUGACCCGACAAAGCACCAUUUCCAGAGAGCCGGGAGUCAGCCAGGCUGGCCAUUAAGGGGUUUUAUGGUUGAAGUUAAUAGAAUUUCUGAUGAUGUGUCUCUCUCAGUGUCUGUAAAAUGUUAAAACCUGAUACUGGGUGUUUCUUUUCAUCCUAGUGAGUCUGGUCAAAUUGGACAAGACAGGCUGUGUGGAGACAACAAAGAAAUUGUUUUAUUUUGCAGCGACCAGAACGGGCUACAAUUGGUUCUUAGUGACUGGCAGACUUUUUGUUGUGACUAGAACAGGAUAUAAUUGGUUCUUAGCGACUGGUAGUCUUUUUGUUGUGACUAGAACAGGCUAUGAUUGGUUCUCAGUGACUGGCAGACAAAACAGAAUCUGCCUGCGUGUGUUUUAGAAAAGACUACUGUAGUGUUCUAAAAGAUCAAUAAUGGAUGACAGUGUGACCUAAGUGGUCUAGGGAUGAGAUCCAUUAUGGAUGACAGUGUGACCUAAACAGGCUAGGGGUGUAAUUGUUUUAUACAGUGGGUCAUAUAGGACUGACUCAAUACCAUUUUUAAAGGACGUGCAAACACACUAAAACUUGUUUGGUCAAAUGAAAAACACGACACCUGUCAGAAUCAGAAAGUAUGACGCUGACACCCCCAAAUCAGGGUGUCAUGGGAACAGGAACGUCCAUUCCAUCAA